AUGAGGGCCUUGUCUUCGUCAGUGAAGGUGGUAGCAUCGUUGUUAGGAACCACCGUAUCUCCUCUAACUACCAUAGGAACAAACGAGUAUGCUGAUGACUCUGCUAAUCCAUUCCGACAAGAUUAUUAUAAGAAAGCCAUUUACCAUCAGAAUAAAUCGGAACCUCCCAGGGUGAAGCAGAUUGAAGAAAAAGAAAAAGAUAAGUCUAGAGUUCUAGCGGUCAUUCAUGACGAUGAAGGAUAUGACUGGAGUGAGAUAUUGCCUGAGGAAGACACAGUUGGUUACGCAUUUGUAGCAACAAAGAUUGUUCCGUUUAAAGACAAAAGAAUGGAAGAAGAAAAGUUUGUGAACAGAAGAAUGAAAGCCCAAACAAAAGUAAGUAGAAUCUAUAACAUUUACAAAGAGGCAAAAAGGGCUAAAAGAUGGGAUGCAGACAGAGAAUGCUACCUUGAUCCUCAAGGAAAUAUCGCAAUUGAUCCCGAUACCCUCAGUGUUGAUGCAAUAAUUCAGCAAUAUGCUGAAGAAGAGGAAGCCAGACAAAGAGAAUGGUGGGGUGAAGGUGAAAAGAAAGUGGAAGAGAAAGAAGAAAAGGUGAAGAUGGCAGAAAAGAAGAUUGAUGAUGGAUUGAUAGAUACAUCACAGGAGCUCACAACUGAAAAUCUGAUGAAGAUGGCGGACAAAGUUCUAGCUGCAAAAGAACUGGAGGUAGAUUCUAGUUCUGGAACUAAGUCAAAAGGCCAGGUCAGUCAGAUGAAUACAAAUCAAGUGUCAGGUAAGAAUGAUAAAAGCGAAAGUGACUGCAAGAAUUGCAGGAAAAACUGCAAAGAUUGUAGUACUGUCGCUUACCUUAACAACAAAAAGGUUGAAGAUCUGACAAAAAGAGUCAGAGAGGGAAGAGGAAAGGAUUCUGAUAAAGGUCAUAAUGUAUCAUAUGCUAUUGAUGCUGAUACAACAACUGGUACAGUGGUAGAAAAGAUGGCAGAAUUUUUAAGGGAAAGCAGAGUUGCAAAAGCAAUAUCCAAUAGAACUGUGGUUUAUGAAUCACUUGUUAGAGCUUUCUGGGAUACUGCAAGGUUUGAUGAAUCAGAUAGUAUGAUACACGUUGUGCUGAAGAAAAAGGACAAAAAUGGGAAAGACGAAGAUGUUGAGAUUAAAUUUGGUGUUGCAGAUGUAAGAAGAGUUCUUGAUCUACAAGAUUCUGAUGAUGAUCCGACGAUCAUGUCAGAACGUCUUGUAAAAGGUUUAUGGUGCAGAAUGGGAUUUACUGGGUACAUAAACGGAAAGAUGUAUAAAAGAAACUUCUCCAAAGCAUAUCGAUACAUGAUGCAUUGUAUGGUACAUUCAAGGGCUCAUAGAAAAGGUGCAUAUGAUGAAGUUGUCGAUUAUAUCAUAAACUUCAUAGCAAGCUUGGUGUUGAAUAGAAGAUAUAAUAUGUCUCAAGUGAUAUUUGAAUAUAUGAAGGAAAAUGAUAAGAAUGAAGUUGACAGAUAUAUCAUGUAUCCUAGGUUUAUCAUGAUGAUAAUCAAUGAUCAGAUCAAAGAUCUUCCAAAGGACAGUAAUGAUGUGAUGGAGCUAAGCAAUGUAAAUCUUGUCACAAUCGGUAGAAUCACCAAAGAUAAAUAUGUGAAAACAAAACAGUUGAUAUGCAGAAUAAAGAACAAAGAGUAUGUUGCACCUGAAGAUGACAAAUGGAGACAUGACAACAGUGAUUCUCAUAAUGAGAAUGAAAAGAUGAAAGAUAUGGUCGAGAAAAAGACUAGGUGGUGGUGUGUCAGAGAUGGAAAACGAAAAAGGACACCUAAGUCAUCCCCUGCGGUUGUUAUUCCUAAAGAAGGAGAAAAGGGGUCUUCUGGAGAGCCACAGCAGAGGUUGGUUGAUGAGACAGUUUUAGAGCCAUCUGUGGUGAUUAAACAAGGAGCUGAAUUGUUAAAGCAUUAUUUGGAAAGUUACUUGAAAAAGAAAGAAGAUGUUGCAGCUCAACAAGCUCAGGGAUCAAGUGCCAAUGUUGAAAAAGUCACAAGGGUUGAACCAGAAACAGAAGCUCGGAAUAGUGCAAGUGAUGAAGAUUCUGAAGCUACUCAAUCUCAAUCAAAAUUAAUUCCUGAAACUCUUGGAAGAGGAAGAGCUCAAUUAAAGAAAAAGCCUUCAAAGAAACAAAAAGGAUCAGAUGAAGAAGGUUCACCUUAUGAUCCUGAAAAAUCAAAGAAGCAAAGAAAGAAAAGAAAAGCACCUCCUGCUGGAAUAAUUCCUAGAAAUGUCAGAGCAAAGAAAUCAGAAGCUGAGUCUCAGAAAGAUAAAGAUGGAAAGAAAGAUCAACAUGAAAAGACUCCAAGUGUUGAAAUUCCAAAAGAGCCAGAGGUGCAAACGAAAGUAGAUCCAAUUGUUGAAGCUGAAAAGAAAGCAGAUGAGGAUGAUUAUGUCGAGAUCAAAGGACUCAAAGCAGCUAGUCCUCUUCAUAUUCCACAAGAUAUUCCAGAAUCUUCUAAUCAGAAAGACACAAGUUUCUGUUGUGAUUUCGAUGAUCUUGGUACUGCUACCGGGAUUUUUACAGAAGAUCUUCCUGAAGGAGAAAGUGAUAUGUUCAAUGAUAAAGCUGUCAAAGAACUAGUUCAAAAGGUCAACAAUUUGGAGAAAGAGAAGGCUAAAACAGAGUUAGAGCGUGAUAUUCUAAAGAAACAAGUUGAUCUUUUGAUGAAAGGUCAUGAUCAGUUAAGAGAAGAAUUGAUGCAACAAAAUGAAGAAGUGAACAAGGCAAGGAAUGAAGCUGAAGACAACUCAAAGUUGUUUGAUCUCUUAGCUGCUGAAAUAACUGAUUUAUGUCUAAAGAUAAAGCAACUUGAGGAGGUGAACCAAACUUUAAAUCAGCUUCUCAGUGAAAUGAGUGAACCUACUUCAAACGAGAUGAAGGCGAUGAAGUUGGAAAUGGAAGCUAUGAAGGCUGACAAAGUGAUGAAAGAUCAACAACUUCAAAUGCUAACUGCUGUUGUGGAAAGUCAUCUAAAAAUGAACAUUCAUGCUGCAUUCGAAGAGAUAGAUGUGAUACAAACAAAUGAAAGAAGAAUGGAGCGAGAACGCCGUUUAGCCGAAGAAGCAACACAAAAGAAUAAAGGUGUUGCUGAAGAGGUUGAAGUGGUUGAUGGAUCAUCAAGUUAA